AUGCCCUUGAUAUGGUUUUUGGUUUUAUCUGGGCUCUUAACCCUUGUCCAAGGGCAUGGCAUGCUCAUUGAUCCAGUGAAUCGUGCCUCCCGAUUUCGUUACGAUGGUCGAGCGACACCAGAUUGGAAUGACAAUGGCCUCAAUUGCGGCGGAUAUUCCCUCCAACAUGGCUUGAAUGGCGGCAAAUGCGGAAUUUGUGGCGAUAGUUACUCGGAUCGACGUCCUCGGGCUCAUGAACUUGGCGGAAGAUGGGGCGAUGGAGUUGUCGUUCGUUCCUACAAAUCCGGAUCACAAAUAACGGCAAGUGUGAGAAUCACCUCGAAUCAUAAGGGUUACUUUAAAUUCGAUUUAUGCAACAUGGACCCGUUGAAAGCAAGUGGCAAAAAAAUGGAAGAAGAAAGUUGCUUCAAUGUUCCUGUGAAGACUGUUGAUGGAAAAGAGACGUAUUUGUUGCCAUCUACCGCGGCAAGAGUUUAUGACGUCGAAUUGCAGUUGCCUGAGGGACUUACUUGCAAACAUUGUGUCUUGCGAUGGACUUAUACCACGGGAAAUAGUUGGGGAUGGUGCGGCGAUGGAACGGGAAAGUUGGGAUGUGGCGCUCAAGAAACGUUCCGAACAUGUUCUGACAUUGAAAUUAUUUAA